AUGGUGUCAACCUUGGAGGCCAACUCCAUAACUUUAGCUAUUGGGAAUAGAGGUGGUGGUGUUGUGCAAGUGCUUGGGUGUGAUUCACUGCGAGUAGGUGGUGGUGGAGUGAAAGAUAUACUUGAUGAUGAAGUUGAGGUGGCGUUGGUGGAUUCUGAGGUAUGUGAUUCAUGUCCUCCAGCAUCUUCUCCAAUCUAACACUUGAGGGCCUCUCACUUGGAGCGGGUGGAAAGAGGGCAAGUGAGAUGCUUGUGGCAUCAAAGUAGGACCAAUGCGACACCUAAUUUGAUUUGAUGGGAGUGCCUAAACUCCAUUCUUCAGACAAAGCCGGGUGAUCAAGGCCCCAAAUGUGAGGUCAUUACUCUUCUUCUUGCUCUCAAAUGCUCAACAAAUCACUCCAAAGAUCAGAGCAGGUAAGUCAAUAAUAACUACUGUACUUAUGGCGUAAAGCAACUGAGGUCUAGUUGUCGGGAAGUCACUAACGUA